AUGGCCGCUCAACCUGAACCCGAGAUAGUCCUGUACGACUUGGCCUGUACCAAGAACGUCUGCUUCUCCCCGGUUGUCUGGCGCAUCCGCCUCAUGCUCAACUACAAGCAAAUCCCCUACAAGACCAUCUUUGUCGAGUUUCCGGAUAUCGAGUCCACGCUGAAAGGGCUCGGUCUGGAUCCCCCCGAAUCGGACGGAGGACGAUACACGGUCCCCGCGAUCCACCACGUCCCGACCAAUACAUCCAUGAUGGACUCGACACUCAUAGCGCAAUUUCUCGAGUCAAUGUACCCGAACCCGCCUGUCCCGCUGACAUCGGAGCUAGGAAGGGAGAUCGAGGCCAAAGCACGCGCCGUUGGAGGCCCGGCCUUCCUCACGUCCGUGAUGCCGCGCGAGGUACGCAUCCUCUCGCCCCGCUCGCAGGAGUACUUCCGCCGCACGCGCGAGGCCUCGCUCGGACACCCGCUCGAGGAUCUCCUCGAAGCGGAAAAGGAGGAGAAAAUGUGGCAAGCGGUGAGCGAGGGCAUGCGUGCCGUGGGAGACCUGAUGCGCACACAUAAAGCCGAGGGGCCGUUCAUCUUGGGUGCCCGGCCCAGCUACGCUGACUUCUUCAUCGCUGGGUCCCUGCAGUGUGCGAAUGUGAUUGAUGAGGAUGUGUUUCAGAGGCAUAUGCAGUUUCCUGGUUACAGGGAGAUUUAUGAGGCCUGCCUACCGUACAUGGAGAAGGGUGAUUAA